GUAGGAAGUAGAAUGAGAGUAAGGAGGAGAGCAACAUGUGGAGUUGAUGUCUAUCUGUAACCAUGCAAGUACUACUUACCAAUAAGAAAUUAAAAUACAUAAUCUUCAUACUGCAUGAUUCAUUGAAGUAAAGAUAUGUACAUCAGGACAUAAUAACUGGCGACGAGGAUAAACUUUUAACUACUUACACUCAGCUACUGUACAUUCCUCUUAGUCACCAUGGCUGACAUGCUAGCAUUAAUCCCUCAGUUUCUGCAUACUGAUGCCCCUCAUGCAGCAGAGUUAUGGAGAAAAUGGCUUUCCCAGUUUGAUCACUAUAUUGAAGCUAUGGGGGUUACUUCUGAUAACAAAAAAGAAAAGCAUGCUUCUUCUCAGUGCUGGCUCCAAGAUUUAUGAACUGUAUGAUACUUUGCCAGAGGCAGACACCAGGGAUUAUAACAAAUGCAGGGACUCUCUGACUGCCUAUUUUGCCCCAAAAUGCAGCCUGUCACAUUCAAAAUACCUAUUCAGGACAGCUAUGCAACUGCAAACUGAAUCUGUUGAUGCAUACAUUACUAGAUUACGGAUUCUUGCCAAAACGUGUCAGUUCCAUGAUGUAGAGGAUGAAAUUAAGCAGCAGCUAAUCGCAUUUGGCACAUGUGGAAAGUUGCGCAGACGUGCUCUUAAAUCUGAAAUGACACUGACUGAGCUGCAGCAAUAUGCUAGAAGUCUAGAACUUUCAGAGACACAUGCUAAAGACAUGGAGAGGGGCAUGACCCAGCUGCAAGUGUGCAAUAAAUUACACACUGACACAAGUACCAUUCCGGAGACAGGGAAAUCUAGAUCAUGUUACAGGUGUGGACGCUCCUAUCCACAUUCAGGAGACUGUCCUGCCACAGGUAAAAUUUGCACUGCAUGUGGCAAAAUUAAUCACUUUUCCUCUGUUUGUAAAUCUAAGGAAAUCAAGUCUACACCUAGACAAUCUUCACAGAAGUUUAAAUCCAGGCGAAAGACAGUGCGUUGUGUGGAUCAACAUUAUGAUUCUACAGUGGAUCUGCCUGCAGAAUCAUCUGACAAUGAUGACAAGUCAGAAGGAUUUAUCUACAUGAUUCAUCAAGUUGGAAAAAACAAGGUCCAUCAAAAGAAGUCUGGAGCAGCAGAAGUGGGACUUCUGUAAGACACCACCACAAAAAACCUGUGGCAGCAAAGAAAGCAAGGUCUGAUGUCCAGGGCCAACCACAGCAGGCUACCCCGCCACGAAGAAUAUCAACAGUAUGUUCGGUCCCCCCACUCCAAAUUUUGGACACACCUCCAAGACGUCAACCACACUCCCCUCAUCUUGAUUCUUCUAGUCCUGGAAACAGCAUCCCUCCGCAACAACAGCAACACAGUGACAUGGAUGACACAAUAAUCUUAGAAAUGCAGCCAUUAAUCCAAGGAAUCAGCCCCCCAGCACCUGUGAGUACACCACCACAGCAAAGCACACCACCACCACAACACAGCCCAACAACACCAGUAACACAAGGCCCUGAUCAGGUAUUUUGGACCAUUUGGGCUAGACAGCAGGCCACUAAUGAAGAUUGCCUGCGUAGGCAGACACAAAUGUUUGCACGCCUACCAUGUCACCUCAGAAGAAUAACCAGAAAUAUGAGUAGACAAAAUGAACAAACCUCGAGAAUUGGCAAUACCAUGGAACUCAUGCGUGCAGACAUUACACAGGUCAUGGCCAACUUACAGCGCAUAAUGGAAGAACAGCACAGACUAAUGGAAGAACAGCACAGACAACAGCAAAGUUAUAUGAACAUUUUUUUCAAGACAAUCAAAAGAUAAAUGAAAGUUUAUUCCGAAUUGUAGACAAUCAAAAUGCUGCUACACGUGAACUCAAUGCCACCCUCACUAACCUGAAUGAAACACUCAGAUCCAUGCACCAACAGCAAAUAAGCAGCAGUUCUGAUACAACUACUCCAAAUAUCACGCCAGUCUCAUCACCAACAAGACGCUCCACCAGAGCACGACAACAUGACAUUGCUAAAGGCAAAGGGCAGGACAAGCAGGCACCCAAAAAAAAAUAACAACCAAAAAUUAAUUUAUACAUUUCUGAUUAGUUAAUCAAAAUAGUUAGUAAUUGUAUGUUUGCAAAAAUAUAUAUAACACUUAGCUCCUUGACAAUUUAUACAACAUCAUUAAUUAUAAGUGGUACAAACAACAACAUGAAAUGUGUACGCACAUUUAUUCUUUAACAUCUUUGAAUUUUUUUGGAGGAGGGUAAUGUUGUUAGAGCUGCACAUACAUGUUAGCAGGAAGUAACCAGACCACUUGAUUUUUUUCUAAUCAUUACUCUUUCUAGAUUCCAAUCAUUCUCCUAUCCUGCACACACAAUCAUUGAUAGGCAGCCACCAUAUGUUUAGCAGGAAGUAACCAGACCACUUGAUUUUUUUCUAAUCAUUUCUCUUUCUAGAUUCCAAUCAUUCUCCUAUCCUGCAGCCAAUACAAAUUACAAUGUGAUUGUUAACUCUUUUACAUUUCUUCUCUGUACAACAUUACAAGAUUAACACAAUUUAGUUGCCUAAAAAGCUUUUAAUAUGUUGACAAUGAAUUCAGAUAUUUCAGUGCCAAAUUGAAUGUCAUUAUUGUUGGGCCAUGUUUGUGUGUGUUAAAAAUGAGUAAUAAUGUUGUUACACAUGAUGCAAAAACCAAAAAAUAUGUAAUUUUUAACCAAAAAACUAAUAAUGUGUAUAAUAAUGGAUAUAUGUGGCAAACUGUGUAUUUACUGACAAAUCAGCAAGUUUACUGCA